AUGUACUCAAUCUGUUUGUACCUAAACACGGCAGCUACAGAAGUUAAUGGUGCAAAGAACCUUUGUCGCUUGAGCAUAGCAACUGUUAUUAUGGUAUCGAACAGCAGCACAAAUAGUUCUCAUUGUUUGCAGCAGCAGCAAAAUCACAAGAAAAAAGACUCAAGCGCUGCCACGCGAUCCAAGACAAGUUUCCGGCUUGAUAAGGAUAAGUUGAAGGGAAAAGAUGGUCUUGUAAAGAUUAAUUUCCCCGCUGAAGAUCUUCGUGACAUUGGCGUACGUCAAGCUAUUCAUGACGCCUUUAAAGCUGAAAGAAUCGGGUUAUCAAGUGGGAUGGUGGAGGCAAGGAGGAGAUUCAUUGCAGGAUUCGAAAUUCCCUUGAGAGCCAAAAUCAAAGUUGCCAACUAUAGAGACCUACGACUUGAUGUGGGUAUGUGGUACCAACGACCAUCUCGUGUACAAAGAUGCAGGCCUAUUAUCCAUCCAUGUCCACCUCCUAAUGUGUGGAUCGAG